GCGCUAGAACGAGCCCAUUAGCUAAAAGUACCAAUAUGGCGGAGGCUUCCUUAGGGAGUUCAAGUCCAGUUGGCUCUUUAUCGUCAGAGGACCAUGACUUUGACCCAACAGCAGAAAUGCUAGUUCAUGAGUAUGAUGACGAGAGGACUCUAGAAGAGGAGGAAUCUCUUGAAGGUGGAAGGAAUUUCAGCUCUGAACUUGCGGAUCUGGAAAAGGAAGGGAACAUGCCUUUGGAAGAACUUUUGGCUAUAUAUCGCUACGAGGCCUCAGCUGGUUCCAGUAUAGACAGUUCUUCUGGAGACUUGACUGAUGAGCUACCUGACAUGACUUUGGACAAGGAGGAAAUAGCUAAGGACCUAUUGUCUGGAGAUUAUGAGGAAGAGACCCAGUCUUCAGCUGAUGAUCUGACCCCCUCAGUUACCUCACAUGAGGCCACAGAUUUCUUCCCAAGAACACUUAGAUCCAAUGCUAUUUCUGAUGGUGAUAAAGAGUCGGAGUGUGAUGAAGAUGGCCCAAGCCCAGAGGACUCCAGAAAAGAAAUCAUGGUGGGAACAGAGUACCAAGCAGAUGUUCCUUCUUGCCUCUGUCACUACAAAGAUGGAGAGAAAGCAUAUGAAGAAGACGAUGAACUACUAUGGAGCCCAGGUGUUCUGUCAGAAAGCAAAGUAAGAAGUUUCCUGUCUGACGUUUUGUCAAGGACAACAGAUGAAAAGACAGGAUAUGACAAGCCAGGCAUGCAUGUUCGAGACAAUGAGCAGGCUUUACAAGAGCUUGUCAAAUGCAACUACAACACCCGUGAAGCACUAGAGAGACACUGCAGCCGUGUAAAGUCCUCAAAAGAGAAAUCACCUCCGUGGUCAGAAGAGGAAUGCAAGAACUUUGAACAUGCUCUGCAGAUGUAUGACAAAAAUUUUCACCUCAUUCAGAAACACAAAGUUACGACACGAACAGUAGCCGAAUGUGUGGCGUUUUAUUACAUGUGGAAAAAGUCCGAGCGCUUUGACUUCUUUGUGCAGCAAAAUCGGUUUGGGAAGAAGAAAUUCAGCAGCUAUCCUGGUGUCACUGACCUGAUGGACAGGCUGGUGGACGAAGCAGAGGGACUAGCAGUGGACAGCUCCUCCUCUGUUUGUUCAGGAACAGGUGGAGGAGGAAGAAUGGAGACCACCACAGAACAGCAGCUCAGUCUGCUUAACUCCAUUACUGCCAGCGACCUCACAGCUUUGAGCAACACUGUAGCUACAGUAUGCACCCCUGCAGAGGUUAGUUGCCUGGACUCCUACAGCUUUCCUCCACUGGACAGUCUCCAUCGUGGAUCCCUGAAUCACGAUGAAACCCUAGGGUUCCCCUCAAACGGCGCAGAUCCUGACUGCCUCAACAUGCUUGAUGCCGGCUUCUAUCACUCAGACCUGGGCCAACUUGGAGGUGUAUGCGUCGGUAAAGACUGUGAGCGACCUUCCAAGAGACUCAAGAUGGCACUGCCUGACUCCUUUAUCAAUGAUGUGUCUGUUGGUAACCUCGGAGUGGACUUUGAAGCACGGCGGACAACAACGCACCACCACCGAAUCACCGGUGCAAAAAUGGCUGUGUCUGUUACAGACUUUGGGAGCUUAGCAGGCAGCGGCGAGCCCAAUGGGUUUCUGGGAGCACAUGCACGGCAUCACACACAACACACUGCAGCACUUCAGUCAGAGUGAUCUUCCUCAUAUUCCUUUUCUGUUCUUCCCGUUUGAAACCCUUUUUCCUUCUUGUAAAUAAGACUGACCUCACUGGAAAAUCUGAUAUGUUUAAAUUUUAUUUGAUAUAUAUAGAUAUAUAUCUAUAUAUAUAUAUGUAUAUGAAUAUACUUUUGUUUUCUUUUUGUGUACUAUGACAUCAGUGAUGUCUAUCAUAUAGAACUAAAAUCUUGAUUUCUCUCAAGAGUUUAUAUAGCCAUUUAUUUUAUUUUUUGUUUGUGUUUUUGAAAUGUGUAACGUCCAUGUACAGUGGGGCCCAGAAGCUGCAGUAGGAGUGUUGUGAAUCUUCCUCCCUCACAUUUACAUCGUCAUCAUCGAAGCUACAGUCUGCUAUCCUGACAUUCUUUUCAGCUGCCAAAACACGUUUAGUUUUCUGCCUCUAGUGUUAGCAUUUCGUUGCCUGUCUUUGUUGUUUAAAGUGGUACUUUAUUUAAUUUUUUUCUUUUUUUUUGGUAAAUGGUGUUUGGUUUACAGUUACUGGUCAGUAACCAGAUAUGUGUAGAGGAUUUUAUUAUGAUCCCCCAAAAAUACCUGGGUACAUGUUGUAUUAGCAACACUAACAUGGAAACAGCUUAGAGUCCACAAAGAGUUGUGGCUUUAGCUGCAGAAGCCUGCCGUUUGGAUUUUUUUUUCCCCCCACCAUUUGUUUGCAUGUGUACUUCAAUUCGAGUUGGCCAAACUGGAAAGUGUGUAUGUUGCAGUAGUUUUUUUUUUUUUUUUUUUUUCUACUUCUGUGUUCUCAAACACAAAUCUUUUCUUUCCCUGUUCUACAUUUAAACAGGAGUUGAAGAAUACAUUUGCAGGCACCUUGAACCUUGUUUUGAACUCUUCUAGGAGGAAAUCAGCAAACUAACAGCAAUAUAGCAAUGCAAACAUUUUGGUUGGGGUAAUAGCCAUCUACACACUGGCACAGUAAAGUUUGUAUUUAUUGACUAUACUUUAAUACGAUUUCAUUUAAUCCUUUUGAGUUCACGCUAUCACUCAUGCUUCUCUUAGGCAGAUUUUUACGGUAAAUGUUCUAGUUAUUGUAAAAAUGGUAGAAUAGCUCCCUAAACUAAGUAGCGCCAUUUUCAGAUUAAGCAAGCUUUUGUAAACCUACUAGCAGUAUUACGUUUAUUUAAAGCUUCUCUGAUUUUGUAUUGAACCUCUACCUAGCCUGUACUGACUAGAGAUGCCUUUUAAUAUCUGGUUGACAAUUUCUUGGGAGUCUAGUAGCAGAAAUGGAGCUGUAUUCGCUUGACUGAAGUCUAUAAGUCUGAAAUGUUAAAUGUUUAGCCAGUCAGCGUCAGUUAAUUGGAUGCAGUAGUAGUGUUUACUUAAUUUAUCUAUGCAUUGUGCUAUGAAUAUUUAGUUCGUUUCAGGGGUACAUCAUUUUUGUCAUGACCAUAAAAGUUGUGUUUUUAUCAUAAUGUGUGUGUGUGUGUACAGAGAGAAUUCAUGCCCACUAACCAUCAUUACGUAUAAGUUUCCCAGCCCAGCAUCAAAGAGGAUUUUCACUUCUGCAUUUCAUGUAAAUAUUUAGCAAAUAGCCUUUAAAAAGUCUAUUCCUGACCUCUUACACUUGUGAAUCUGUGUUGAUACAAAGGUUUUAAUUUGAAUCCUUGUCAGAAAGGCAAUAAUUUGUAGAUAUGUAUAGACAUUUUGGGUUUUUUGCAUUUUACUUGUUUGACUUGGUGUUUAAACUUCAUUUUCUCUUUGGAAAGUCAUGAUACCCAAACACCAGGACACAGCUGAAACCACGCAUGCCAGCUGUGCCUGUUUCAAGUGUACCACUGAAAAACGGCUUUACCUGAAGACGUAUUGAUAUACUCAGUGUUGCAAUUUUAAUUUUAUUUCCUCUUUUUUUGCAUUUGAGACUUGCAGCCAUGUGUAAAAGACACUCAUUUUUCUUUCCUUGGAUUUUUUUUUACAUGUCGUCUAUUUGUCUUGAUGGUAAAGGGAUGGCUGCUGCUCUAAAUAUGUGGAGAGCUAGAUUCUUUUAAUGCAAUGUGCAUAAUGCAGUAGGUCCUCCAAGCUCUUCUAGCUUUAGCAGUGCAGUGAUAUUUAUUUCACCUGUGGUUUGUAUAAAGACUAAGAAAACUGUCAGAAUGUAAAGGCCAUUAAGUAGUAUAAGUAGGUUUUCACCACCCUGUGAACUCGAAAAUGUGAUAUUUUAUUGAUAUGUUAUGAGACUUGUGUGUGCAAGAAAGCACUAAACAAAUUUAUUUUAUAUUUUGUAUUGUGUUUUGAAGUUUAAAAGAAAAAAAUAUAGCAGUUGUGGUUUUGAAAAAGAAAACAAGUCCUUUGAAAACAAAAACAUCUUUGUGAAUAAAAACCUACAAAACUUAAAAAUGUAUAUUCAGAAAUAUAGACAAUCAAAAACUUCAUUAUGAGAAAUGUUCAAGAAGCUAUCUUUAUUGUUUAUAAGAAUUGUACAUAAACAUUGCUGUUUUUUUUGUUUGUUUUUUUUUUUUUUUUCUUAAACAUUAUUUUGUAUUUUCUGUUGUACUUUAAUACCUUGUGUACAGAUCCAGAAAUAAAGCUCUGGAAAAGGUU